UUUUAUUUAUUUAUGCGCUCAUCUUUUUUAUUCUUUAAUAACAACAAACCUUUAAAAGUAACACUUCACCUUUUGUGCACGGGGCGUAUUUUAACGCAUGCACCUUUGCAGAGGACUACUUUGAGCCUGUGCAAGCGUUUAUUCAUGCAAAAAUAAUAAUAAUAAUACGGAAGCCUGUUGUUUUUAUAUUAUCUCCAUGUAUAUAUGUAAGCGACACUUUCAUGCACCGAGAAGCCGUGUGAGGAACAGCCCGUUCCCGGCGAGCUGCUCCCCCCCGUCAAAGGCUACAUUGUGUCCGGGGUCUGGCAUCCGCUGGCGGCUGCUGCGGACAGGACGGUGUGAUUUAUCUGUCUCCGGCUGCUGUUAUCUUGUUGUUUACACAGCUGGUGUAAAGGUGGACGAGUCGUGAGGCAGACAUGGAGCAGAGGUGAGGGUUAAUCCUCAGGUGGCCAGUUACACUCCUGCAGUGCACCAACAUCAUGAUGAACCUCCAUCCUCCUGCCACAGCCUGCUCUGCUACAGCUGCCGUCUAUCCAUCGCCAUGGUGAGAGAGAGACAGAGAGAGCUCCUGGACCUUGACUCUGUUGCCAUGGUGAUCCUGUAGCAAGAACCCUGUUAGUCCAAUCUGUUGCCCUGGUGAUGACAUAAAAAAAAAAAGAUCCAAUCUGCUGCCAUGGUGAUGCUGUAGAGACGCCCUGUAACCAAAAAAAAAAAAAAAGAGGCAUCGUCAGUUGCUAUGGUGAUCCUGUAGCAAGCAACAGUCACCAUGGGAACGUCCAGGAUGUUCCGCAUUUUCGUCGUCCUGGGCUCGGCCUUCAUGAUUCUCCUCAUCAUCAUCUACUGGGACGACGUCGGAGCGUCACAUCUGUAUUUGCACACGCCCGUUUCGCCGGGACCCAAAAUCCCGCACCCGGCUCCUCAGCAGCGACCUCAAACAUCCCGAACCCCGUCUUUCCUGUCCGACAUCGACGCCUUCGUUAACCAGUUCCUAGAGCCGGGAACCGGUGAGCCAACGGACCCCGCUCCCGCUGACACAAGUAACCAAUCAGAGAAAGCAGAAGAGCGGUAUGUGCCGCGGCGGGAGUGGAAGAUUCACCUGACUCCGGUGGCAGCAGAACUCCGUGAGAGACAGGAGCAGCGGCGGAGGUUACUUCAGGAGAUGUGCGCCAACGACAGCGUGGUGUUUCCCGGUAAGAACCGUUCGUUUGACGACAUUCCCAACAAGGAGCUGGAUCACCUCAUUGUGGACGACAGGCACGGCAUCAUCUACUGCUACGUUCCCAAGGUAGCGUGCAGUAACUGGAAGCGCAUCAUGAUCAUCCUCAGCGAAAGCCUCCUGAGGGACGGCGUUCCCCAGAGAGACCCGCUGGCCAUCCCUCGAGACCUGGUCCACAACAACAGCAUGCACUUUACCUUCAACAAGUUCUGGAAGCGUUACGGCAAGUUUGCAAAGCACCUCAUGAAGGUGAAGCUGAAGAAGUACACCAAGUUUCUUUUUGUGCGGGACCCCUUUGUGCGCCUCAUCUCCGCCUACCGAAAUAAAUUCGAGCUGCCCAAUGAGGACUUCUACCGGCGCUUUGCACAGGUCAUGCUGCGCCGCUACGCCAACCAGCCGACACCUCCCGCCUCUGUGGACGAGGCGUUUGGCAUAGGUAUACAUCCUUCCUUCUCCCACUUCAUCCAGUACCUCCUGGACCCUCAGACAGAGAAGGAAAUGCCCUUUAAUGAGCACUGGCGGCAGGUGUAUCGGCUUUGCCACCCAUGCCAGAUUCAGUAUGACUUUGUGGGCCACCUGGAGACGGCAGAGGAGGACGCCGAGCACCUACUGCGUCAGCUGCGGGUGGACAAUGUGGUGGAGUUUCCCACCUCGCAUAGGAACCUCACAGCAAGCAGCUGGGAGGCUGAUUGGUUCAGCACCGUGCCCGUCGAGGCGCGACGAGAACUCUACAAGCUGUACGAGCCUGACUUCAGGCUCUUUGGCUACGACAGACCAGACUCGAUCCUCAAUGAGUGACACAUUUCUACAAGACUGACCCAGCCACACACAGACACAAUGUUUUUUUUAAUUUUUUAUUAUUAUUAUGUCAUGAAAUUAUGCUACACUCCAACAACAGCGACACCUCCCUUUGUUCUGGGCUUUGCAGAUCUCGUUUCUCGUCUUAAUCUACACUGAAUGUGCACAUUAAUUAAAGGACGCUCACUGCUCUAAGGAAGCACACUAACGAGGAGAAGCCAGGUACUCAUUAUCCAUUAUUGUUUUUAAAUCGCAAAGAGAACAAGAAGCACACAAGAGUGAGACAGUUUGCAAACAGUAAGUGUCCCUAAUGCCGGGGUCAGACGACACGAUAUCGGCCUGAUUUGGCAGACGUCGGGUUGCUCGGGGGCAAUUAUGGGUGUCGGGGACGACAAUCAAUUGUUCUGUUUUUUUGUAGUGUCUCACGAUGACCACAACAAUCAACACCACAUCGACAAAAAGCAGCAUGUUGGAUUUUUUUAGGAGCACAACUGUAAUUAAAAGAGGAUUGAUGUUAUUGGUGCUGCGAGACAGAGGAAAGGGUACAGCCGGUAUCUUGCACACACAACCACUGUUUGAUACAUUGUUGUAUCGUGAAGUUGGUUCCUAGCAGCUCCUUCCCAGUAACACCACGCACGUCAUGAAAGAUGGCGAGCAAUGAUUGGUUGCCUCUAUAAUCGCCUAAUCCGUCACGGUGACAAUCUUAACACACAGAAACAGACGUGUGGUCUGACCCCCGCGUUCAGUGUGUUGCACAUUCAGUGUUAGCCCUCGACCCAAAACGACACGCUGAGCGUCCUGCACGCCCUAACGUUGAUGUCACGUCAUUUGCGAUGCCACCGUCGUCGUCGUGGCUAACUGUGACGAUCACACAGGCUUUGUAGCAGGAUGUUUUGAAACCUCGCCGAAGUGAUGUCACAGAGCCAUACUCAACGUUUGUGAUGUCAUAGGAACCCUUUCGGAUGAGGCACGAACAGGAAAUGUGGGGCGAUUAUCUAAAACAAGGUGUUAUUAGAAUAGUUUUAAGUGUUGUUGCACUAGAGUGUUAGACGUCGUCUAAUUUAUUUCACAUUGUGUGCAAUGUUUAUGUUAAGCAUGAAAGGGACUUUUAUGUUGAAGAUACAUAUUAAUGACAGCUAUCAACAUCAGAAACAACUAUUUUAUAUCUCAUAUACAGGUCAUAUGUUACAGAACACAUACUGCACCACCUUUUGUCAGUAGAAACAUUUCAGACAUUUUAGCAGCUUGCUUUAUUUAGCCACUUUCAGAGCAUGCCACAGUUGUAGCCUCCUCAUAUAAAAGUGCAGCAGCUCUAGUGAACAUUAGACUGCAGAGCUGGAUUUUGUCUCGACUUGUCUUUGAGGCGUAAAACUGGAGUUUCAGCAUUCUUUCAUGGGGCUUAAACGCACACUUUUCCAAAGGGAACAUUUACUUUUUCUUGCUUGUUGCUACCAUGAUGGUCUUAACAUCAGCAUUGUUGUUUUUUUGCACGCACAAACUGCAGUUAUUCACACUGAACUAUAUUAUAUAUAUAUUAGGUAACCCUGGAGACUGCAGCAGUGUUGUUGCCCCCCCCUCCCCGUUCCCCCUUAAAUAUGAUGACUAUUUUUAAAGGGCGGCACUUUUCAUGGGAUGCAGUAUUUUGUAGCAAGGAGCUGAGAACAUUGGUCAAGAAAGGAAGUCUGUGAAUGUUCUCAGUCGUCCAGGUGCUCUUUCGUUGAGAAGAGUCGAGCCUGGGGAAACUGGACCAGGUCGUAGAUCCGUGAAGACAUUUCACCUCUUAUCCAAGAGGUUUCUUCAGUUCUGAGUGACUGGUGGGGGAACCCAGGUAUUAGGAUUAGGGUUCAUUAGUGCCCUUCCAAGGAAACUAAACAGCAGUUCCCACAUGGCCUCCUGCGACUGUAACGACUGUCGUUCACUACCAGACUGAGCUUAACGACCGUCAUUUACACCUGACCUCAGGUCACCUUAACGACUGUCGUUCACUACCAGACCUCUGCUAAUCUUAACGAUGGUUGUUCACUACCAGACCUCUGCUGAUCUUAACGAUGGUUGUUCACUACCAGACCUCAGGUCACCUUAACGACCGUCGUUCACACCAGACCUCCGCUAAGCUUAACAACCAUCGUUUACACCAGAAGUCGUCAGAACGAUGAGUACUAACAAACCAGAAGUAAACAAUGGCCCUUUUAACGAUCCCACCAAGGCUAAAUACAUGGUAUUCCCGACCAGUCAGGUAGAUCUGAAGAAGACUCUUGGAACCAACUCCGGUCGCCCCAGAUUCAGCUCUUCUCAAAGACAGUCCAUGAGUGUUUUUCAGUAUGUGCAAUGUGACUGCGCUGUUGCAAAGAUACAUCACUCCACAAGUUGGACUGAUGCUUGCGUAUUGAGCACAGUUGUAAAGUUGCAAGAUGAGGUUAUGCUUAGUAUUUAAUGAUUUCCAAGGAAAAGGUUUGAUCAUGGUUACAGUCAGCAUUAAUCACAUUAUGAUCUCGGGCCAGGAUCUAGCUACAUGUUUUAUAUAAGAAGGCCGGGAAGGUUAAGAUAGUGCCUUUGGUUGCAAAAGUUUACACAGCAAAAAAAAAAAAAGUAUUUUUGUAGAAGGACUUAAUUUUUACUAGAACACAAUACAGUAAGAUCUGUAUGAAGCCGCAACAAGGUAUAUUUGAUAUACUGGGCCUUGUUUGUCAUGUGUGAUUAUUAUUAUUUGGAAAGAAAAGGAGACAACGCAGCCCUUCAGCAGAACUGUCUUUAUGGCAAUUUGUGUGAUUCAUGAUGUUGUGUGGAUUGUUAGUGUGCAUGUGUCCAGUGGAUUGCUGUGUAUCAUUUAACAUGCAGUAUUAUUGUGUGGUUUGUACUGUACAUGAUGUCCUGGACAUGCUCUGUGCCACAUACGUGUUCACACUAUUGACUCAGUGUUGUCUCACUGCCUUUUUUGGGGGGGGUUUGAUUUAAGUGUACAGUGUUUUACUGUGUUGUUUUUGACUCCUAGUUCUCACUUGGAUACGCUGGAAUUCUUUAGCAUCACUGGCUAAAGUUUCUUGAUGUGUUUUUUCCAUGUAUCUCCGAGAAGAAGGUCUACGCUAAGCAAAAAACAAAACCACAGCUAGUCUUUGAGCUCUCCCGCCUUACCAGUGUUUGGAUCGUUCCAUGUCUUUUGUAUUCUUGUUAUGCUCUUUUCUAUUUUCUUACGUUACGGUCCUCAUGUUAACCAUGUCGGCAAUUUAGUUUUUUUCUUUGAAGGUGCAAACAACAACACUGUAAUAUGGAAUAAUUUUGUAAGGCAAAAGGAAACUGUUUAUUUAUUGGCAGAAUAAAACCUAUGAGCACAUGCUGCUUUUGUAAAGGGAAAAAUCGGUCUCGGAUGAGUCUUAGUGAGUUUGACUGAUGUGUUUUUUUGUUUUUUUGUUGUUGUGACACGACACUUCAACAGUUUAAAAGCUUGUUGAAGCGGCAGUGCCAAACCUUGUGCUUCAGUUUGACCUCAUGCCAAUUCCUGACGUUAGUGUCACAGACCAAAAAAAAAGAAAAACCUCAAAUCUAUUUUUAUCUCUCAUACAUGGGAAAAUGCAAAGUGUUCAUUCAGUUUAAUCUGUCAUGGUGUCAUGCAUCAUUCGGUCUUUGUACAGGAGAAAUAAAGGUUGUGGGGCAUGAUGGAAAA